CAAACACGGGGCGCCUUCUCCUCCUCCUUCUUCUCUGAGACUGCAUUGCAUUAAACCCUGGCUGCAUGCUAAGCGUGGCAGCCUGCUGCAUCUGACGCCGGGAGUCCUUGUUGCCUUUCAAACCAAGCAGUAUCUUUAUAUCAUUCUUUCCACCCUCUCCUCCUGCCCUCUCUCCUGUUCAGCCCGGUAUCCUUGUAUGCUACCACAUGAACUUGUCUUCUGGACUCCAGCCACUCUCAUGUCUACUCACUGCUAAGGGACUGGAUGAAUUCUUGGCUUUGCCCUACUUCCUCCCCCCCCCUUCUUUUUGAAUUUUCGGAUGACAACUACAGGAGCCACUUUUAUCCCCCCAGUAUCAGAGGCAGGAAGGAAGUAAAGUUUGCAGAGCAACCUGCAGAGAGAACUUUCUUCCAGGGGCAAGAAAGCCGUGUGUGUGUGUGUGUGUGUGUGUGUGUGUGUGUGUGUGUGUGUGUGUGUGUACACAAGGCACCUUUUGGGCUGGAGAGAAGGUCCUGAAGAGGCUGCCAAAAUGCCUGAGGAAAGUUCUCCUAGGCGGACACCCCAGAAUGCCCCUUAUGAGGGCCUUCCCCAUCUGGUCAAUGCAGAUGGGCAGUAUCUCUUCUGCAGAUAUUGGAAGCCCAAAGGGAUGCCAAGGGCCCUCGUGUUUAUCUCUCAUGGUGCUGGUGAACAUUGUGGCCGCUAUGAUGACUUGGCCCAGAUGCUGACUGAACUUGACCUGUUGGUGUUUGCUCAUGACCACGUUGGCCACGGACAGAGUGAAGGUGAAAGGAUGAUCGUAUCUGAUUUCCAUGUUUUCGUCAGGGAUGUGUUCCAGCAUGUGGAUCUCAUGCAGAAAGAUUACCCUGGGCUUCCUAUCUUCCUUCUGGGGCAUUCCAUGGGAGGAGCCAUUGCUAUCCUAACUGCUUCCGAGAAACCAAAUAGCUUUUCUGGCAUGGUGUUAAUUUCACCUCUGGUGGUUGCCAGCCCAGAAUCAGCAACGACUUUCAAGGUCCUCGCUGCGAAAGUUCUCAACCUUGUUCUCCCCAACCUGUCCCUAGGAUCCAUAGACUCCAAUGUGAUUUCCCGAAAUAAGACCGAGGUUGAUUCGUACAACUCAGAUCCCCUGAUCUGCCAUACAGGAUUGAAGGUUUGCUUUGGUAUCCAGUUGCUGAAUGCCGUAUCCAGGGUGGAGAGGGCCCUCCCCAGGCUGACGCUGCCGAUUCUGCUGCUGCAGGGGUCCGCUGACAAGCUGUGUGACAGCAAAGGGGCCUAUGUCCUCAUGGAAGCUGCCAAAAGUCAGGAUAAGACCUUGAAGAUCUAUGAAGGUGCCUACCACGUGCUCCACAAGGAACUUCCCGAAGUGACGAGCUCUGUCUUCCACGAAAUAAAGAUGUGGUUCUCUCAAAGGAUAGCUUCAGGAGGAGCCACUUCCAAUCCCUAAGCAUAUCAGCCUGGUUACCAUGUCAUGGUCUGUGGGAUAUAGGCAGAGAAAGGGGUGGAAGCUGGUUUCUUGGCUUCGUCUUACCAAAAUCUCAAAUUGGAGGGAUUCCUAGCAUAAUUUGCUUUAAAAAAAAUAUGUAGACAUUCCUAUCAUGGGAUGACCCCCCUGUCAGCUAUUUGAAAAUUUCCCUUAAGUGGAGUGGGGUGGGGAGGGAGAAACCCUUUAUGGAAAAAGGGUACCAGGUGGGGAAAGAGCUACAGGCAAAUCUCAAGAUAGGGUCUAUAUGCCAAUGAUUAUAGGAAGGAGUUCCUCUGCACCAAUUCUCCCAGCCCCGAUCUGGUUUCUCUUGGAAGCCUUGUAUUACAUGCGGGGCGGGGUGGGGGUGGAGGGGUCUGUCUCUACCUAUACUACAAUAGUAUUUGCAGUGGCUUUAUAACUGACAGUUUGUUGAGUUUCUCAUCCUAACGUGAUCUAUAUCAAAAGGACUUCUGUUCUGUUCCCCCACUUCCCACCUCCCAUUUGUUGUUCUUAUCGACAGAAAGUGAGUCCUAAAGCCAGAGGAGCCAGGUAGUAGCCUGUCUAGUCAUGGGAUCAGUGUAAGUCAUUCCAUGAUCUAAUUCAUGGCUAGUUUAGCUGGCUGGGAUUGUAGAGCCUCCAGGGGGAGGCUGCCAUCCCACAGAAAAACUGAACAUGGGGGCGCAUUAAGCUCCUUCUCAAUAUAAUCAGGUUUUCAGGGGAAAAUGAGAUGAAAUACUCAAAAGGAGCAUGAAAAAUAACAGCACACAAACCAACACAACGGGAGACAAUUCUCUAUUUUCCCCAAAUAGACCCUUCCCCUUUCAAAGGACAGAAACCUUGGAGUUAACAGACAGAUCUGCUAUAUACCUUCAAAGAGUCUGCCUAGACUUGUUUAACCACUGACACUAUGAAAGAAAAAGCCGUAUUUAAUAUAAAAUGUUUAAUAUAUGAUGCAUAUUAUAAGACAUAUCGUAUUUUGGUGAUUGGGAGAAGACUAAUUAUCAGAGACCAAGGAGGGUUUGAGAGAACCUUGCUAAAAAAAAAAAGGCCAUGGUGGAUAUGGGUGAAACCAUCAAGACCUAAGACAGUUGUCCAGCAUAGCUCUUCACGUCUCUGUCUUCUUCAAAGAGUGCCAUUAGGAUCACUUAUAUCUCUUAACAUGGCCCUAGGCAUCUGUCUUUGCCCCCAGCUUUGCUCUUCAGCCUUGGGGGGAAAGACAAGAAUGGACUCUGCUGGUGGGGGCCCAGAAGUGUUCCAUUGCUCUUUGGAAGAUGGUCAUCACUCUGAAGAAGAACAGGGUCCCUCCCCCAACUCAUAUCCCCCAGAAUGACUCUCUAGAAGAGAGCAGCUAUGCCCACAGACAUCUGCCAGCUAAGGCCCAACUGUCUCUCAGAGUAAGAACCAGAAUGACCUGUGAAAUAUGAGCAUUAGAAAUGAGAUAGUUUGCACAGACAACUAGUGGUACCAACAGUGUGCUGCUUGGGUGGUCUGCUGUCAAGGAAGCCAAAGCAUGUCUGAACUGCCCAGAAGAUGCUCAGGAGAUAAAAUGAGAGAAAACAGGAGCUUGCAAGGUGAUGUUGGUGUGCGUGAUGAGCAAACCCUGGAGACAGUCUUCCUUCCUUCAUCAAUUCUGCAUGGAGGGCACUUCUUAUGCCAGGGUUUCCCAUCAAGUCCAUGGUGUGCAGGGCACUGAUUGGCUUUGCCAGAUCUAGUCCCUGAAUGAUGUGGGAGUGUAGAAGACAAAGUGACUCAGCAGUCUUGCUGCUUGGGUAACUGCUCCCUAAAUUCCAUUUGGUGCCUUCAGAAUGAAGUGAGGGCCAUCGAACAUUUCCUGGAGAAGUCACCAGUACUGAGGACACAGCUACCUCUGGUGGAGGGAUCUGGGUGCUCCAAAAUUGCCAGCACAUUCUCCCCAGUCUUGUCUGGCUCAUUGGGAAUGGACCUUGGAGAAGAGAUGGGGGAAUCCUUUGCCUCAUUUCCCAAGUUCGCCCAGCAGCACAGUCAGGAGAAUUGAACAGCCCUAAGAAUACAAAGAUGGGAAAGCCAGAAGCAGAUUGGAGUUUUGCAUAAUUGACAAGCAGAUUUCAGGGGGAGUCACUUCCUUAAUUCAAUGAGGGAAACCUGUCAUCUCUCUCUCAGGCCCCUAACAGCAGAGUAAGUGGAGCUGGAAGGAGGAUGCCUCCAGCCCUGAUUCCAGUCCAGUGGCCUGCUUCUUCUCAGGUGUUGUUUCCAUCUGCCUCCCUUCUCCUCUCCUCUCCUCUCUUUUCUUCCCCUCAGUGAACGCCAGCAAUAAAUAGGGGGUCGUGUGGCUAAGACACUGUAGUACUAUUUUUUCCAAAAUGAACUUUUUCUUUUUAACUCCACAUGGUUCAUCAGAUAUAAAUUCCACAGCUGUUGUGAACCUCUGAAAGGGACAAUUCAAGGAGCAAACCCCCACCAUGAAGGUCCUUCCCACCCAUCAGUCUGAAGGACUCAUUUCUGUUUCCAAAACUGUACAUAGACGCCAACUUCACCCACUGAAAUGCAACACCAGUUUCACAACAGAGAGGGAAAAAUUACAUCUUUCUACCACCCUACUGAGAAGUGAGAUUUUGGCCAAAUGCCUUCUUCCCUCCCUUUCCAGGCUUCAAACUCAGCUUCAGGUGAAGGUGAGGAAAAGUCUUGAGAAAGGCGUUUAUUGCCACAUCUCCCAGGAGCUAAACAGGUGCUUCUUGCUCCCAUUCCAGCUCGACUCAUUGCCACUUUUGUGGGGCACCAGUUUGUAUGGCUAGGUUAUGGUAACUGGCAGUAAAAACUACUUCUGGUACAGCCUCACCCAUACCUACCAUCUCCAGGAACUCACUUUGGCCAUGGGAGCCUGGGCUCAGGGAAGAGUCGAUGAGAUAAGCCACCUCACAGAGAUGGAAACCUCUUCCCCAACUCCCACAAGACACAUCUACCUUGGUCACCUAGCUCAAAGGCCACCCCUAUAGGCUGGCAGGAGGGUCUUACUCUUGAGCUCAGUUCCAGUGAGAUUCAGAAAAUAACAAAUGAUCCCUGGUGAGAUCAUGAGCACAUAGUAACUUCAUACCCACUUUAGCCAGGGCAUUACCAAAGGCAGGAGACAGACAGGCACCUGUGGGUUCAUUGGCAAUAGACACCAUUGUCCAUUUGGUUUCAGAUGUCUAGAUGAUGUAAUUCCCUCCCUUUAGAGUCAGUUGCCUGGGGAGGCAAAAAUAAUGCAGAGAUUGAGUUCUGGGCAAAAGAUUAACCUACAUAUGCUUAGCAGGCCCAAAGAAUCUAUCAAAAGGGCACCAUUUUUUAGCUGACAAAAAAAGCAAAAAUCUCGAGUAGGGCCUUUAGUCUUCUAAGCAGUGAAUGCUAGCUAGUCUUUAGGAUGGGAGAGUUGAUCACACUUAUCACCCUCUCUCUUCCCCCAGGAGUUCCUUGAAAAAGCACCCACUCACCCACCAUCCAGCCCUCCUAAGCCAGGGCCCAGUGAAUACUGGGAGGCAGGACCUAGUCUUCCACUGGGCACUUUGAGGCACAGACACCUCAGCUACUACUGAGUUUCUGAAGCAAGGUGUGAAGAGGGAAACUGACUUCUGAAGAAACUGACCCAGGUGCUAGGGCUAUUUCACCUAAUUGCCGGUGGAGGGACAGUCCCCUCGGACUGAGAUCAGUCUUGUUAUGGGACAGAAACAAGCAGAGUUUCCCAAGCCUGUAAUGAGCAAAUGACACAAAUCUAAGGAAACUGAGGCAGCCAGCUAUGCCUGGCACCCUGGAAGGUGAGGUGGAAACAGAAGCCAAAAGAGGAAGAGGAGGAGGAGGAGGAGGAGGAGGAGGGGAGGAGAGAGAGAGAGAGAGAGAGAGAGAGAGAGAGAGAGAGAGAGAGCGAGCUUUGUCUAGUAUAACUGAGUCUUGAGGAUACCACCAAUUAGGGACUGACAAACCAGAGUACAGACCUAUCUGUGAAGAAAUUGUAUGCGCCUAUUAGAAUGUAAGCUCCUUGAGGGCAGCGAAUGUCUCUCUCUCAUAUUUGUAUCCUCAGCACCUAGCACAGUGGCUGGCACUGAAUGAAUGCUUGUUGGUUGAGUACUCGUGCCCCACCAUCCAGUCCCUUUAGUUUAAGGGUUUUUAAACUGUGAGCAUGUGAUGCCCAGCACCUUAAGCAUGGUAGGAGCUUAAUAAACACUUGACUGGAUUGCACUGGGUAGGAAUGGAUUAGAUUGGACUAGAUGUGCAUGAAAAGCUUUUAUAUAGGAAUGGAAACCAGUUGUUGCUGGUGAAGGUCCCAUGUCCCCUGGGAAUCUCACCCUCUCACCAAGCCCCUUGUCCCCAGUGGUGAUGGGGAGGUGGUAGGUGGCACGCUCAGGUCUUGAUUCCAAACCAUGUGGACUUCCACCCAUCAGUGGCACUGCACAAUAUUUGAUAGAACUGGGUUUUCCUUUAAAAGAAGAACACAGCCCAAUAGCAAUUGAGCAAUAGUACUCUGUGCCUGCUUCCUUUCUCCUUCCUGCCCCCAUCACUCUAGCAUCCAAAGGCCCUAUGUAACAAAAGGCCAGAAGCAUCUUCUGUUCAACGCUAUUUUUCCUACCCUGCCUCCAGCCCUGCACUUUAACCUAUUGCUAACAUAAACCUACCAAGACCCCCAAGUAAUUCCUAGCCCAUUUCUCUUGCCAUGUUCCAUUGCAGUUCAAUGACAUAUACUCAUAUAGAUUUUUAGUGGGGCAAAUGUGUACAAGUUUAGAACUAUUACAGGAACAGUGUAUGAUUACUCCUAAUCAAUAAUAAAAACAUAUGUUUUCUGAAUGGUG